AUGCUCAAAACACAGUCUAAAUCCAGACUCGUUGGCCCAAACUGUCCUGGAAUCAUCUCUGCCAUCGGGAAAUGCAGAAUUGGGUUUCAGCCUCUUCAAUGCUUUGCGCCGGGCAAUGUAGGCAUAAUAGCUAAAUCAGGCACGCUGGGCUAUGAGACUGUUGCAUCUACGACGAGAGCCGGGCUGGGACAAAGUUUGUGCAUAGGUAUGGGCGGUGAUGUGCUUGCCGGCACCGACUUUGUGGAUGCAUUAAAGGUGUUUGAACACGACAAUGACACUCAUGGUAUUAUCAUUGUGGGCGAGAUAGGUGGUGAGGCGGAGAUGGAAGCUGCAGAGUGGAUCAAGGGGUAUAGGGGGAGGACUUCAGAAGCGAAGUAA